AUGAAGUUUUGCCGUCUGAUACACGUGCUGCACCAGGAACAGGGUGCAGAGAACAUAGACACGUAUCGGAGUGAAGUGAAAGGCUACCUGAGCGAUCAGGGAACGGAAAGGCAUCUCUUCGGUUUUCCGUACGAGAAAAAUGCGACCCUGAACAGCCUUGCUCGCGGGCUGCUGUCGGGAGACGUGCAGCUGGAUGAGGUGGGCAACAUUGCUUUUCUGCACAAUGCUUACGGCAUUCCCGGAGUCAUGCACAUUCUUUUCAAUGCCCUUGAAUCAGCUCUCAAAACUUCCCCGUUGUGGGGCCCGUACGAGGCGGAGCUGAGGGCUGUCGGCAAGGUUUUCUCGCAGAAGAGUUACACAGAUCUUGUGCUUGAAUUCACACCUGGCCUGUCAGCAGCAGACCAAGAGCUCAUACGUGGGCUGGAUGUUGCAGUGCUCGACUGGAGAUGGGAAAGCAUCGAGUAUUGUGCAAAGUACUGGAAGCAAGUAGCCCCAAUCCUAAAAGACAAGUGGCAUGGCGGGUCUCUGGGAGCGUCCGAAAGGAAACUUGCCGAGGUGAUUCGUGCUGCUUUGGGCAGCACGAAGAACCGGGCAAUGACCUUGUGGACAAGCGUUCUCUCCGGAGCUGUGGGCCAAUGUUCAAGGUGGCUGGAAGGAUGUUUUUGCCAUGAGCGGGACAUAUCCUUCAGGCAAUCCCGUUCGAGAACGGCGAAGAGGCUGUUGAACCCUGAAACGGGUCCGUCAGCAACGGGGUCCUUGUGUGCGUGGAAAGGAAAGCGUCUGUGUGUGUUCGCCUGGGAUGGCCCUCAGAAGUUUUUGGACAUCAUUCGUGAGGUGAGUGUUAGUGAUUUGAACAAUGAGUUGCUGAAGUUUGACCAGGAGCUGGCAAAUGAGAUUCUGCGGACAGAUGGUCUAGUGCGACAGAACUUGGAAGCGGUCCUGCGAGACAAGUUCGCUUGGUGCCAGAAGCUGCCUUUCAAAGUAGCAGGAAUCUUUCGUUUGUACGUAGAUAAGUCUCUGCCUGAGGUCAUAGAGUUCGCAAAGUCGUGUUUCCAGGAAUAUGCUGCAGCUGCCGAGGCCGGCGUCAGCAUAGAUCCCAUCAGUGUUUUCCUAUGCGGGAAACAAAGUGACGAAAGCCGUCAACUGUGGCAGUUUGCCCAGCAGGACAUCACUCGUGGUCGCACACUGAGGUCGCUGCGACUAUUUCCACAGGCGUUCGUGGAAAUCCAGGAGCGAGCGUGGUGCCCCAUGGCAGAGCGGUUCUUAGAGUCGCAACAUCGAGGCAUCAAGUGGGCUUUUCGCCGAGGCUUCACUAAGGCGAAGCCUGCCGUAACCUGUGCACGGCUUCGUCGGAAUCAGGUCCUGCAAAUGGUGACCAGCGACAGUGACCGAAGGUUGCAUGUGCUGCAGACAUGGACGAAGAGCAAAGCAUUGUAUCAGGACCUGUUGUGCCACGUUUUGAGUCCGACCGAAAUAGCAGGAAUGAGCGAAGCUAAGCGGUUGUCUCGUCUUUACUGCUACAGCUUGGCGGAUCAUUUCCUCGACGUCGACGACAUGGACGUGGCCGCUGAAGCCUUCAAGGCUGCUGCAGCAGCCUUGAAGGACAAAGCGGCGAGUGGGCCAGUCCUGAAGCCCGGCCACAAGCAGUGGGUGAGUUUUCUGAAGCAACAGCUCAGCAACGGCACCCUAUGUUCCUUCCCCCGAAGUAUCUUCGAACUACUUUCAGCAGAUGAUGAGCAGGAGGAGGAGAAAAAGGUCAUCGAUGCCCGACCCGAAAAUCGUGCGUCUGUGAAACAGGGUCUCGCUGAGGACAAAGGCAGAAACGGGAUGCUGGUGCAGAUCUUCUCGGAUGUUCGCCCGAUCACGAAUGUAGACGGUGUUUGCAAUCGUGUUGAGGUGUGUGGGUCUGGGUCGUCUGUGACUAUGCUGGAUCUGUCGCGAGCCUGCACACGUGACCUCGUGUUGUUGAUGUUUCAGCAGGUUUGUGUCUGGUCUGCUGAGUCUGCGGGCAUGCGGUUAGAGAUUCAGAGCGGGCCUGCCGGGCCUGAGGAAGACCUCUUCCCUGCCCUACCAGACAUCAGUGGAGGCGAAUUGGUGGAUGAUGACAUGAUGCUGGAUGUUUUGAGGCAGCAAGUAGUAGACAACUCCUUGAUAGCACAGGCAGACAUCUUGUCAGAGAGGCAGGCAGGCAAGGGGUUGUCAGUGUGCAGUGCCGCCGUUUCUUUAUCCCAAGAGGAGCGGCAGGUGGCGAGUGCCCUCGUGAAUGCCGGUGCUCUGGGGUCGACCGACAUCUCUUUGUCUAGGCUGUCAACAGAACACAACGUGCCAAUGUCCAGUGUUCUCCGCCUAGUGGAGCGAGGCCUCGUGGCGUGCCACCUUGACGACUUCGGGGAUGCCCAGGUCGCCCUGGUGGCUCCGUUUUUGCUGCAGCCCAAAACCUCCUGGGUCGACCCCCUGCCUUUGAGCCAUGCAAGAGUGGAGCUCCUCAACAGGUCCCGAAAGAAGGGUACCAACAAACUUGAGUUUGUGAGGGCUCUUGUGCGAAGUGGAUGGCACUGGCUCAAUCCUGGGCAGGACACCCCUGAGCACAUUUCAUGUGAUGAUGUUCCCGGCUGUUUGCCGAAGAAUGUGUUGACUCUUACCGAGUCGCAUCUGAAGGCUUUGUUCCUAGCACCAUGGAUUUUUCAGAAGCCGGGGAAGUUGCCACGAAUGUUUCACGAGCAGAAGCAGGCGUACUAUGAUUACUUGCUGGCUGCUGCGGAUUUGAGUAGCAUCGCUCACAUGUCGCAGAGCGACAUCACAGCCUUUUUCAGCAAGGACAAAGCAGGCGGACGGCGAGUCCGGGGUCUUGCUCAGAGGCUGCGGGACGAAUGUGAUGUGAGUGGUGAUGAAGGUGAGCAAAGGCCUGUUUUAGAGGACCUUAAAGCCUUUGUAAUGUCGGAGCAGGCCAUUGAGGCCAACGAGCCAAUGGCUUUGCAUCCCGACCUUCGCCAG